CUGCAUUCAUUUAACACACAAUAACUUACAGUUAAUUGCUUUCAUUGUCUAUUCAUUUGACUAUUAUAUGAAUCAACAAAUUCUGAACAUUUUGGACUCUAUUAUAGACAAAGUUUGUGAUGAUUGUCAACCCAUAGCUAAUCCCAAGAGGACAGUGGGAUAUGUAUUCAGCAAAGAGUUGUUUUUACACUGCAAUCGAUUGCCUAAAGUUAAGGGACGGGCUCUUCUGGUCCACGAACUCAUCAGAGCUUAUGGUUUGGUGUCGAAGUGUCGGCUCAUAGAGUCGAUUGCAGCCAAUGAUUGUCAGAUGAGAUCCUUUCACAGCGAAGAGUAUCUGAAUUUCGUGCGAUAUGUCAGCGAAAACUUCACUGAAAAUGAGGACCAAUUGAGCGAAGAGUUUAUUAGCGAUGAGUUCGGCAUUGGAUACGACUGUCCGCCACUUCCACAGCUGUACCAA